UUCCCAAAUUCCUAAGACGUCGUCUUUUCGCCGAGAUCGUCUGUUCUCCUGCUCCGGCAGCCAUGGCAGCCAAAGCAGCUGCUAUACGCAAGACUUCACAUAGAUCGGAAAACUUCAUUCAAAAACUCGUUAAAAAUCCUAAAAUACCUUUUGCUAUUGCAUUACUCAUCGCUGAUUCGAUCCUCGUCGCGUUGAUUAUCGCUUACGUUCCAUAUACGAAAAUUGAUUGGGAUGCUUAUAUGUCUCAGGUUACUGGUUUUCUCGAAGGAGAGAGGGAUUACAGUAACUUGAAAGGUGACACGGGGCCUCUAGUUUACCCAGCAGGCUUUCUUUAUAUUUACUCUGCUAUACAAUAUGUUACUGGAGGUCAAGUCUAUCCAGCUCAGAUUCUCUUUGGCUUCCUCUACAUACUGGAUCUAGCAAUUGUCGUGUUCAUCUACUUGAAGACUGAUGUGGUACCUUGGUGGGCUCUCUCCUUGCUUUCUCUGUCGAAAAGAGUUCACUCUAUCUUUGUUCUUCGAUUAUUUAAUGAUUGUUUUGCCACUACUCUCCUCCAUGCUGCAUUGGUCUCAAUUAUUUGCCAAAAAUGGCAUCUAGGGUUGGUAAUUUUCAGCGGAGCUGUUUCCAUAAAGAUGAAUGUGCUCCUGUAUGCACCACCUCUGUUGCUCCUGAUGGUGAAGGCAAUGGAUAUUGUUGGAGUGAUAUCUGCUUUAGCAGGGGCUGCAUUAGUGCAGAUUCUUAUAGGGCUUCCUUUUAUCCUGUUGCAUCCAGCUUCAUAUUUAUCGAACGCUUUCAAUCUUGGUCGGGUUUUCAUCCACUUCUGGUCUGUCAACUUCAAAUUUGUUCCUGAAGACAUCUUUGUUUCUAAAGCUUUUGCUCUCUCUUUGCUAGUUGCUCAUCUUAGUCUGCUAUUGGUCUUUGCUCAUUACAGAUGGUGCAGGCAUGAAGGGGGACUGUUUGCUGUUGUGCGUUCAAAAAUCAUUCAACUGAAGCUCAGAGUUUCUCAGAGAAAUCCUUCCUCAACCAAGAAAGUCCUUCAAGCUGACCAUAUUGUGACGACUAUGUUUGUUGGGAAUUUCAUUGGCAUUAUUUGUGCCCGAUCCCUCCAUUACCAAUUUUAUUCUUGGUACUUCUAUUGCUUACCGUAUUUAUUGUGGAAAACACCAUUUCCUACCCUCCUACGCUUAUUUUUGUUCGCAGCUGUAGAGUUUUGCUGGAAUGUCUUCCCCUCCAACACUUACUCAUCACUUGUCCUCCUCUGUGUCCAUUUGAUCAUAUUGGGUGGUCUAUGGAUAAGUUCACCAGAAUAUCCAUACGUAGAAAAAACAACUGAUAAAUCUACAUCUAAGAAGAAGGCCAGUUAAAUCACUGCUUGUUUUUUCUGGCCCGAUAACUCGUGAUGUAUGUGAAUGGAAAAAUUACCUCCCCUCAUCUCCUACCCACCAUUGUGUUAAACUCUGUUGCUCUGACCAAGAGGCGUCAUCUGAUUAUACUGAGAGUAGUUUUUGUUUCUGUUUCUAUUUGUAGUGAUAAUGCUUACUUUUGUUAGAUGGUAUACAAAACCAGAAAGCUGGUCACAACCACACAGAGAUCAUCCCCAUGGCAUCAAGGAUUAAUAUUUUAUGGGGUUUUUAACAUUUGAGGAUUUCAUUAGCAUAAA